CACGCGGCUGAGCAACAGAGUGCGCCUGUGCGCCGAGGAUGGCUGAGCAGCAGCGGAGCGCAGCGCUCCCCUCCCUCACUGCGCACACGGAGGCGCGUCCGGAGAGGUCUGAGGAUCUCCUCUGAGCUCAGGAGUUGUGAGGAGAGAAGACGAGAAAAAAAUGCGCAGCUUGGAAUUGACGCAAAGAUAGAUUGACGCGCCGGGAGCCAUGCGCGGGCACGCCGGGAUCCGAACCUUCAACCGGGAGGCUGUUCUGAUCUGAUCUGAUCUGAUCUGAGGCGACAUGCAUCUGUUUCGGAGUCACUAUUACCAAGUGUUCCCCAACCGCAACUCAGUGGAGACGCCGACGAUCCAGGGCAUCAGCUGGACUCCACUGCCAGAGGCCUUGGAUUCGAAGGACACAAUGAAGCAGUUUCUAUCAGAUCGGGUCGUGAAGGCUGCCAGGUCGGUGUACACCGUGAUGAACGAGAAGAAUCCGGGCCUUAUCCGAGACAGGAAGCAUCACCUGAAAACCUACAGACAAUGCUGCUCUGGUAAGGAGCUUGUUGACUGGCUUAUGAAACAGAAUGAAUGCCUCCAAUCAAGAAGUCAGGCAGUUGGAAUGUGGCAGGUCCUGGUGGAUGAAGGGAUACUUGUUCAUGUGAAACACGAGUUGAACUUUCAGGACAAGGAGGCCCAGUUCUACCGCUUCCAGGACUCGGAGUUCGGCCUGAGCCACGUUCCAAAUGAGAAGGAGUCCGAGGACGAGCUGCAGGAGGCUCUGUCUCUGCUGUCUCAGCUGGGCCCAGACGCUCUGCUCACCAUGAUUCUCCGCAAAACUCCCAGUCAGAGAACGGCGGAGGACAUCGAGGUCAUUUAUGAGGAGCUGCUUCACGUGAAGGCUGCUGCUCAUCUCUCCACUUCUGUGCGGAAGGAGCUGGCUGCAGUCCUGGUCUUCGAGUCCCAUGCUAAGGCCGGAACAGUGUUGUUCAGUCAGGGAGACAAAGGCACGUCCUGGUACAUCAUUUGGAAAGGCUCUGUCAAUGUGAUCACACACGGGAAGGGCAUUGUGACUACUCUCCAUGAAGGCGAGGACUUUGGGCAGCUGGCUUUGCUGAACGACGCACCUCGCGCCGCCACCAUCAUCUUAAGGGAGGACAACUGCCAUUUCCUCCGCGUGGACAAGCAGGAUUUUAUCCGCAUCCUCAAGGAUGUGGAGGCCAACACGGUGCGGCUGGAGGAGCAUGGGAAGACGGUGCUGGUGUUGGAACAAAGCGCUCAGUCAGCGGGGCAAGGAAGUGCAGGAACCAACAGCAAAUACACAGUCAUGUCGGGAACACCUGAGAAAAUCUUGGAACAUCUCCUGGAAACGAUCAAACUGGACUCCAAUGGGAACGACCCAAUAGAUCCCUGCGUUAUCGACUUUCUCCUCACACACAAAGUCUUCAUGCCCACCAGCCAGCUGUGUCCUGCUCUACAGCACCACUAUCAGGCAGAGCUCUCGGAGGGUUCAGAUCAGGAGAAGGACGCCUACAUUCUGGACGCCAAACAGAAGGUAGUGAAGCUCAUCAGCCAGUGGGUGGCAGUGUUCGGCUGUCUGCUGAAAGAGGACCCUGUUGCUAUGGACUUUUUGGAGACGAUGAAGAAUGAAGUGGCAGCUGACUCCCGUCUGUCCAACAUGCUGAAAGAACAAUACAGAGAACGACGGCGAACAAAAGUAUUAGAGAAUGGAUACCAGUCACUGAGCAGGCAGAACCAACACUUUGACUGGUUUUCAAACUGCGAUGAGUCACUGGGGAGGAUACAGCCAAUCAGAGCGCAGGAUAAAAUUUUGUAUGAGAUCUACAGACCGGACCAUAAAGCUCUGACUCUGAUGCUCCCAGUGGACUCCUCUGUACAGGAUGUCUUGUCAGGAAUAGUGGAACCUGGAGGAGGCCAUGUACUUGUCAAAAUGAACUCUACAGGAGACAGAGCAGAGCUGAAGCUGGAGGCGUCUGCAGUCUACACCGCCCUCGGCCUCAAUGAGAGACUGUUCAUCUGCACGAGCAGCGAAGUGGAACAUCUGAGGCCCCUGAAAGAGCAGCAGGGCCCAGAACAAGGGACCACUGACAUCCUUGAGCAGAUUGGCUCAAAAGACAUGGCAGCUGAACUCACCAACUUUGACUGGGAGCUGUUCACAGCAGUGCAUGAGGUGGAGCUCGUGUACUACAUAUUUGGUCGUAAUAAGUUCCCGGGCGCCAUCACAGCUAACCUGGAGCGGUUCGUGCGCCACUUCAACAAGCUGCAGUACUGGGUGGUGACGGAGCUGUGCCUCUGUGAAGACCUGAUGAAGCGAGCUCUGCUGCUGAAGAAGUUCAUAAAGAUCGCCUCAGUAUUAAAGGAGCAGAAGAAUUUAAAUUCCUUCUUCGCCGUGAUGUUUGGUUUGAGCAACAGUGCCGUGCAGAGGCUUUAUAAAACCUGGGAGAGAAUACCAAGUAAGAUUAAAAGAAUCUACUGCACCUAUGAGAGGCUGAUGGACCCAUCCCGCAACCACAGAGCCUACAGGCUGGCCGUCGCUAAACUCAGCCCUCCUUACAUCCCCUUCAUGCCUCUCCUACUGAAAGAUAUGACAUUCAUCCACGAGGGAAACCCAAACUAUGUAGACAAGUUGGUCAACUUUGAGAAGAUGCGAAUGCUUGCAAAGACAGUCAACAUCGUCCGAGGAUGCAGAAGUCAACCGUAUGUGCCUUCAUCUCCUCAGAGGGGCCUGGCUGACCGGAUGUUUCUGGAAGGACCUGCCACUCGCCUGUCCACAUACUCAGAUCACAGCCUUCCUCAACGGAGCCCCGCCAACAUCCGCCUCUACAUUCAAAACCUGAAGGUGAUGGACAACCAGCGGCAGCUAACGCAGCUAUCAAGAGCCAUCGAGUGCUAGGACAUCGAACGUACAAAACUUAAAAAAAAAAAAACAAAAAAAAAAAAAUGAGGGACUUUGGAGGCGGUAAAUGGAAUGCAACCGACUGAACAAAAACCUUCACACAGCCUUGAAUGAAACAAGCCUGUGAGAGCGGAAAUGUGCAGAAGCAGAGGAUCAUGGGAGUUAUUCCAAUUGUACAGCAAGUCCAAAUGAAGAGACUUUAAUGGAGGAACCAGAACAAUCACCUCUAGUUUUUGAGUACCAGCCUUUUCACUUAAAAAAAAUAUCUAUAAAUAUAUAUUGUACUAUAAUUAUGGCUAACUGACGUGCACAGAAUUUCAUAUUGUUUUAUAAAAUAAAUUAUUUUCCCAGGUAUGUGUACUUAAUAAUACCACAAUACUUUGUAAAAAGGGACAUUUUUUUAUUUAAAAUAGAAACCAUGACAAGUAAAAAACAAAAAGACAUUGCAGAAGCCACAUUCCAGCUAAAACAAACAAAAAAAAAACUAAAAAGAUCUCCCCAAUAUGGGGUGAAAAAUUCACAACAAAUCAUUCUCUCCGUGUUAUAAAUAUGUACAACAUCUUUUUGAAAGUCCUGGAGAGUGGGCCAAAGUAAAAAAAAAAAAAAAAAAAAGAAACACAGUGCCUUCUCCUGAUGUGACCAUUAAAGUAAAAGGAGCCCGUCGCUAUAAAUAAUGGAUUCACAUGUUGAAUGAGGAACUUUUCCGAGGAUUGAAGUCAAUAACCAAAUGGGGGAUUUUGUGGGGCAUUUAAAUCCAAUCACAUGCUUGAAAAGAUGGAGAGAGGAGGGAGGGGUAGAGGGGGGCAGUAAUGUACGGUGAUAAAGUUGUGUUUGAACAGCUGCAGCACAUAAAUUAUCUUGUACUGGAAGCGUGCCCAACUCAGUUGUGACUCCGUUAAUGCUAUUUCCAAAAAACAAAAAAAAAAUUGUGAGUUAAUGUCCAGUGAAGCAGUGAGUACAUCUGAAGCAGGAAAAAAGCUUUUAGAAAGAAUUCCACCUUUUACAAACAGUGAUAACAACAAAAAAAUGUAGAAACCCACAAACUUGGACGCACAAACCUUUGGUUUGUCACUAAAAAAAACAAAAAAGUUGCUGCUGUGUAACAUUUGUGACAUAAAUAUUGCACUUCCAAACAAUGUGGAGUUCCCAUCGCCUAGCUGUCAUCCCUUUGUUGGAGGUAUUUAUCACCAAAAUGAACCUCAAUUAUCUCAAGCUACAAAGGUCUAGGCAGCAGGGAGAAAACAAACACAAAAACACACAAAAAAACAUCCUUAAAUAUGGCAUUCACACAAAUGCAUGCAUGCAUGGAGUGAUGCACGCAUGCAGACACACACAGCCUGAACUGUAACCCACAGGUGUGAAGUCUUUACACUUAAAGGCACUUAGAACAUAUGUACACAACACGAGAAAACAACGCAAACUGUCUUUUUUUGUUCAGUCCCUGUAGUCUUUUGGUAUUGGGAUGACUUCCUGUUUGUUUAGACAAUCUAAAAAUAUUCACUUUAAUCUGAGAGCUGGAAACAGAUCUUUCUAUCAUGGCUACAUCAAUGCUAAUCAUUUUUUAAAAAAAAAGAUACCUUGAGCAUUUUCACCUUGUUUCCUAGCAACACACCAGAAACGGUACAAAAUAUUCAAGGAUAGCAUCACUUUUUGAUGGAAGCAUCACGCCGCUGAGUGAGGUUUCCCGCCUCGUCCCUGUCGACUACUCAGCUACACACAUGGUGCCAGCACUGGUGACUGAGCAAAAAAAACAUACAGACAGACCUAAAGCAAAGACAUCAGUAGGAGUUCAUUUCAGGACUCAAAGGAAGGUCAGUCAGUCAGUCUUUGGCGCCUUUGGAAUCAGUAGAUUUUUUCCUUUGAGU